AUGAAUGCUGUGUGCCUUAAAACGGCUCUCAACUUAUUUCAUUCAUUUAAACACAGAACAUUACGUAACAAGGAAGUCAGUCACAAAAUACUUGCCUAUAGGUCGACUGAGAUAUUGACAAAUAUAAACCUAUUUGGACAUUUUUCGAAAGAACGGACUGACGGGCAAGGCGGUUCCUUGCCGAUACCUAGCUUGGAGUAUCCUAGAAGCACAGAUGAAGAAAUAAUAAAUGCCGAACAAGGUGGGAAUCAAGUAGUCGUCGUAAGGUGGCUGUCAGUGGUUCCACUACCUGCCAUGCCAGUUGAGAGUGCGUUCCGCGAAAGAGAGAGCACCAUGCCAUAUAUGGUUGUAUCUGGUUCGAGUGUAAACAACCGUAUCGGCAUGGGACGGAUCGGAACAACUACCUUUCUGUUCAACAGAAAGACUUGACUGCUACUCGUAGUCAUCAAAAACAAAGUGUGUUGUCUUCAGUUUUAUAAGCAAAUAAGUAGCGUAUGAUACUGCCAAGUCAACAUUUAUCAAAUUAACUGAGACUUAAUGACAUCACGGGAAUACUGGAUUGUGUAAUUGAAUUAUCAAUUGUCUAACACAAGUGUUAUUUCUAUACUUUGGUAUGCGUUAUAAUAAACAUACAUUUUAGAUUAAUUAAGAAGCAUAAAGUUUAUAUGUGUUUUACCUAGAUACCAUCACAUUGUAUACUAUUCUACAUAGUAAUAAGGGUAUAAUUUUUAUCAUUAUUACUUUUUUCAUCAAUAAGUUAUUGUGUUCAAUGCCAGUAAGCUUUCAAUGAAUUAUACAUUUAAGAUAAUUCAAUCGACUCAUUGUAUUAGACAAGUUUGUACAACUGUUGGUUAUAAAUGGUGAAAUAAAAUUCAGUUAUGCUUAGUUUUGAUUAACUAAUUAUGUACUAUUGUUCAAAGUAUUUUCCUCCUUUUGAAUUAUACACUUUAGGACCAUUCAGUGGACGUUCACACUAAAUGUAAAAGUGUUUAUUAUGAAGGGGAAAUAAACUUGCAUUUAAAAUAUGAA